GCCGCAGUCCCGGCGGCUCGGGCGCAGCGCGGGAGCACGGUGGAGCGCGGAGCGCGGAUCGCAGCGGGCAUGUUUCCCCGCGUAGGAGUCCGCGUCGGCCGCCGGGCCCCGGCAACUGCUAACUUGGUGGCGGGCCCCCGCGGCCCCGCCGCGGCCACGUAGUGGCCGGCGGGGCUCCCUGGAGCCUGGGAGCGGCAGGGCGAUCUAGCCGGAGUCCAGCUGCCCGCGGCAUACCCCGAGGCGCCGAGUGCGCGCGGCGCCCGCUGCACCUCCGGCAGCACUUUGGCCAACUGGGAAAUGGGGGAGAAAGUUUCGGAGGCGCCAGAGCCAGUGGCCCGCGGCUGUAGUGGCCAAGGCACUCCGACUCUCGCCCCUGCAGCAGCCGCCACCUCCUCACUGGGCGCUUCCUCCGCCGAGUCCUCCUCGGGCUCUGAAACUCUGUCGGAGGAAGGGGAGCUGGGCGGUUUCUCCCGCAAGUCUCAGCAGCCGGCGCCGCCCGGCGGCGCCCUGGGUGCCCGGCCGCCCGCCGCUUGGGCUCCAGCGCGCGUGGUGCUGGAGCGUGGAGUCCCUACAUUGCCGCUGCCGCCCUCCGGAGGAGCCGCGCCACCCGCGCCCGGGGGCAGCAGCGCGUCCCAGGAGGAGCAGGACGAGGAGCUUGAUCACAUCCUGUCCCCACCACCCAUGCCAUUUCGGAAAUGCAGCAACCCAGAUGUGGCUUCUGGUCCUGGAAAGUCACUGAAGUAUAAAAAACAGCUGAGUGAAGAUGGAAGGCAGCUGCGGCGUGGGAGCCUGGGUGGAGCCUUGACCGGGCGAUACCUCCUUCCAAACGCAGUGGCCGGCCAGGCCUGGCCAGCCUCGGCAGAGACGUCCAACCUCGUGCGCAUGCGCAGCCAGGCCCUGGGACAGUCUGCACCCUCACUCACUGCCAGCCUGAAGGAGCUGAGUCUCCCCCGAAGAGGAAGUCUGAUAGAUUCCCAGAAGUGGAAUUGCUUGGUCAAACGAUGAAUAACCAGUUACUUAAGUCCCAGUUGUUACAAGAUCCUUUAUUUUUCCUGGGAUUGAAAUGAUACCCUGGUCUCAUGUAAAGAUGCCACAUGUUUUUGGAUCUAUUUCUGGACUGUCUAUUCUCAUCCCUAUCUGUCUAUUUCUGUUCCUACACCAUUCUGUUUUGAAUGCGGUGGCUUUCUAGUGACUUGUCAUGUCUGCAUCAGAAAUGGAUUUUGCAGCCAAAGGAAGAAAAGGCUCAUCUUAAGAAGAACUUGAAAAACCAUCAUGAAAGAAUUUGCUGGCCCUGUGUUUAGUUUUUCCCCCCUUCAUCAGGAAACCCUUUAAUACUGAAAUGAACAGCAUGUGAUAAAACCCAACCACAGGGUUGUUGCCUUUUCUCCAUUACCAUCUCUCCCCCUGCCUCGUCAGAUGUGCUGCUGAUGGGCUGGCAGAGCAGAGAGGCCCGGGGACCUGGCACCUGGCAGUUUCCACUGAAAUAGCUAAUUUCAAGAAGAGUUUGUACAUUUUGACCUCUCUGAACUUCUGUGGAUCUUGGAAAGAGGGAAGUAAUUCAAACCUGAAAGCAUUUCUAAGAAUUGUGUUGGAGAAUAAAUUGAUACAUGUAUCCCUAUUACUUUGGUCUAUCUUUUAAGUAGUAAUGUAGAAUACUUGAUAGUGGUCUUUGAUAUUGGGCUAAUUGGUCUUUGUAGAAAAUAGUAAUUUGAAUAAUAUUUCUAUCAAUCAUGUAGGUGAUCAUUGUAGAGAAACUAGGAAACACAGGAAAAAAUGCAUUCAGAAUUAACCUGGUAGAAUCAAACAGACAAUAUUACCUCAUGUACAUGUAUGACUGCAUGAUUAGUGUGAUCCUGCAACUUGUAUAUUGCAAUGACAGAAAAAUGAUUAUAAUCUAUUUAUGUAUGAUCUAUCAAAAUGUAUAAAUGCAUUCUACUGUC